AUGAGUGCCUCAGAGUCCGAGCAAGAAUCAUCCGAAGCUGAAUCUCCAGUCAUUAAAACGAGGCCGGUUCCACGGCAGCAGUCUAGCGAGUCUGGAGAGGAAAGUGACGAAGAUGCAGAUCAUGAGGACACUGCAGAAGAGGAUGAAAACGACGAAUCAGAUGAGCAAGAGGAAAUAGAAGAAAAGCAAAAGGACAUGCAAGCAAAAUCUGUUUCUUCAAAGACAAAAGGUGGUCCUGUAAAUCCACCUAAGGCCUUUAAACCCGCAGCUACAGUAGUCGCUAUGCAGCACCCAAAAUACGAUAAAAUGGUAGAAGAAGCAGUUAAAGAGCUUGUUGAGAACCAGCGGACAGGGACGUCGAUUUACAAGGUUAUGAAAUUCAUCGAGAAUAAAUAUUCUGUUCCUGAAGCUAAGGCAAAGUUAUUUUGCAAAAAAGCAAUUCAAAAAGGUCUAAAAAAUGAAACGUACGUCAAAACUAGCGGUAUUGGUUUGACUGGAUCGAUUGGUUUUUCAGCCUCUUUUAAGAAAAAAAUAAAAAGUGAGCAGGCGAAAUUGUUGAAACCUAAAAAACCUACAACAUCGCAAGUAAAAGCAAAAGCUAAACCUCAGCCAAAAAGUGAAAAAGAAACCGUUACUAAGAAAAAAGCUCCCAGUCGGAAGGCAGAACCCAAGACAAAGGAGUCCGCUAAGCUCAAGAAAGACACUAAGAAGAACGCUGCAACGAAGGCAGGUUCCAAGAAUGACAAGUCCAAAGCUAAGAUCUCCAAAACGGGAAAGGUUAGACUCUCUAUAAACUCAAUGAUUGUUCCGCAACCCAAACUGAAAGGCACAGUGAAAUCUAAAUCAGCCGGUGCUGGGCAGGGUAAAAAGAAAACUGAAACGGUUAAGUCCGCUGCUGGUCCAUCGAAGAACAAGAUAACAGCACCUAAAGCAAAGGUUCAACCAAGUAGAACGAAAGCAGCGAAUAAAAAAGCCUAG